GCGUGCGCGCACGACAAUAAGCCGACGAUCAGUUCGGCCACCGACGGAACGCUGUAAUUCCCAGCGCCCCGUGUUUUUCACUCGUCGCCCGCCAACCGAAGUCCGAACUGCCGACUGCAACCGGUCUUCGCCUGCAAAGAAAUGUUCUACAAAAAAGGUACCAGAAAGUUAUUGCAAACAUUGCAGCCGUCCGGAGUCGACAAAGAAAAUUCAGUUGGGACCGGCAGAUUUCAUAAACACAAUUCUGAUCCUAAAAUAUUGAAGCCACAAUUUAAGACUGCAGUAGAUGUUAAAUCCGAUGAAAAUAAAUCUUUAGUUGCAAAAGUAAAUCCAUCUCUCUACAAAAAGUUAAUUAUCGAAGAUCUCACUAGCAUUGUUGGUCCUAGUGAAAAAUAUUGGGAGGUUACUGCAGAACACCGUAGGAAGGCUUUGGAAGAAGUUCUUGAACAAAAUCGUAAAUUACUUUCCAUAGUGAUGGCAUUGGGAGAAGAAAAUGCAUCUUGUAAAAAAUUACUCGAACAAACAACUGAUCUCGUUAACACAUUAAAGGAAGUACUAAAUGAAAAAGAUCAUAAAUCAACUGAAGAUUAUGUCGAUAAUGACAUUUCAUCAAUCAACUCAAAUCAAAUUAACAGCAACGAUGAUUCUUUUGGCAGAAUAAAUUAUUUUUAAAUGUAACAAUUAAUUCAUUUUUUUCAAAUUAUUAAAUUGAUUUUUUUUUGUUCCUACCAAGUAUUGUAUUAUUUUGAAUUAAGCUUAAUCAUAUCAAUAUUUUUUUAAGUAAAUAUCCAUUUUUAACAGUUUUUAUGUUAUAUAUAUACGAAAAUGAAAACAAUGAUGAUUUGUUAAUCUAGACAUUUUGACUUAAUUGCUUUACAAUAAAUUGUAUAUAUAUUGAAAC